AUGGCCUUCUUGUUAAUAUUAAUCAUUGUACCAUCUCUCGUUCAAUGUAUUUCGAAGAAAAAGGAGAAGAACAGAAAAUUGGAUAGAAGUACACCAAUUGUGGAUUCUAGAUCUAGAGUUUCCAAGAAAAGAUCAGUGAUAGAUGUUGCCGCAGUUGUUCCACCUGCUGUUCCUCCUUUAAAAAGUAAAGAUAAAACGUUGAAAGAACAAGCAACACAAGAUACGCCUCCAAAUGAAGCAGGGAAGGCAAAAAACAAGAAGAAGAAGAAGAAGAGCAAAUCCAAGGAAAAGACUGUAACAAAGACGAGAAAACUGCACAAGAGCGAACACGGACUGAAAAGAGGGGAAAACAGAAGACAGUUUGUGCAACUGCAGAAGAGAAUGCUCCUUCGAGACGCGAACAACGAACUCAGUCAACGUCUGCUGAAACGGCAGCUAAGAAAAAUAAAAAAGCACCCACACUGUCAAGUUUUAGCGCGCCGGUAUUCCUACUUGAGAGGAGCAUUUUUUUCUGUUGCCUUUUUUGUUGCUUUUUCUGUUGCAUUUUCGCUGCUUUUUUUAAUAGCUUUUUUUUCGAUUUUUUUUAUUUCAAAAAUCCGAUGCCUCGGAAGUAAAUUUUUUGAUUGGGUUUUUAAAGCUAGAGAACGAAAAUCAAAAAUUAAAGUUUUUUGCUCAGUAAUCGACAAAUUUAAGCAUAAAAAUUGCAAGAAUUUUAAUCUGAAAAAUGAAGAAGUUUGA